AUUACAUCAUAAUUUAAAGACAGCUGCUCUCUGUCUCUCUUCAAUAUUUUAAAAGAUGGAAAGAGAUUGAUUCAUAAACUAAAAUCUUCAUUCAUCCUCUAAUCUUUAUUUCUUCUUCCUCGGUCAACACUACGAAUCUGGGUUUUGCUAAACGAUGCAAACUUUCAAAGUGUUCUUCGCAGUUCAAAGUUAGCCAGAAUCUUUAGUUCUAAAAAGAAAAUCAAAACAUGCGUAUUUUGUGCGAUGCCUGUGAGAGCGCCGCCGCAAUAGUCUUCUGCGCCGCCGACGAAGCUGCCCUCUGUUGUUCCUGCGACGAAAAAGUUCAUAUGUGCAACAAGCUAGCUAGUCGACAUGUCCGUGUAGGUUUGGCUGAUCCCAGCAACGCGCCAAGCUGUGACAUAUGUGAAAAUGCACCUGCCUUCUUUUACUGUGAGAUAGACGGUACUUCUCUUUGUCUACAAUGUGACAUGGUUGUUCAUGUUGGCGGCAAGAGAACUCACAGGCGCUUUCUGUUGCUUAGACAGAGAAUUGAGUUUCCAGGUGAUAAGCCUAACCACGCAGAUGAUCUAGGACUAAGGUGUCAGGAAGCAAACCGCCAAAAGGUCUCUUCAUCAGGUCGAGGUCAAGAGUCAAAUGGGAAUGGUGAUCAUGAUAUGAUCGAUCUUAACUCAAACCCUCAAAGAGUACACGAGCCUGGAUCAAAUCACCAAGAGCAGGGUAUCGAUGUAAAUAGCACAAACAACCACGAGCCUGUAGGCGUUGUACCUGUGGGAGCGUUUAAAAGAGAGUCUUAGUGAUCAGUGAUACACAAAGAUCAAAUUGCUUCUCUGUUUUCCUUUCUUUUGUGGAUUGGAUGUCACAUUCAGACACCACUUUGAUUGAGAAAGUACUAGAAUCUUUGGUUGGCUCGUAGGUGUAGCACAUGCGUUGGUGGCUCUGAGUUAAGAGAUCAUCGUGAGAGCCAUUUAUAUCUGAUCUCACUCUACAGGUAUAGCCAUUAAAAGCACAUGGCUUUUGGCUGAAAAAUAUAGCGCCAUUAAAGCACAUGGCUUUUGGCUGCAAUCUCCCAUCCUUGUUUUUUUUAGCUUCACUUUCUUGUAAUAGCUGUUGUGGUUCAUGGGCUUGACACAGAGAAUAAAAGAUAUAAAGCAUAAGGUCGUUAUCCUUA